ACCCCUAAAGCGGAGCACGAGGCCUGGAGCCGGGCAGAGCGGUCCAGGCGCCCCCAGAAAGGCUUAAUAGGGGCUGUGAGAGCCUCGGGGGAGGAUCCUCCCAGUGCCCCUCACAGCGCUCGACGGUGGGGAGGGAUGUGAGGCCAAAUCGAGGCCCUUCAUACCCCCAUAAAGCUCCAGGGGAAGGUGCGAGGGGUCCUGCUGACCCCCGGCGGGCUGGAGAGAGGUUUGAACAGACCUUGGACAGGAUGUUGGGAUUUCUGAAGAAUCCAGUUGUGGUCACAGCGGAGAUAAACAUGAACCUCUUGGCAUUGACGGUGCUGGCAUUAAUAAGCCGUCUUCGGGGGCUUUCCUAUCCCCGGGCUGUGGUUUUUGAUGAGGUUUAUUAUGGCCAGUUCGUUUCCCUCUACAUGAAGAGAAUCUUCUUCGUGGAUGACAGUGGCCCCCCUUUUGGCCACAUGCUGCUGGCUUUGGGAGGUUACUUAGGAGGAUUUGAUGGAAACUUCCUAUGGAACAGAAUUGGAGCUGAAUACAGCCUGAAUGUUCCUGUUUGGUCCUUGCGACUCCUGCCAGCGCUGGCUGGUGCCCUCUGUGUCCCUUUGGCAUACCAGAUUUUGGUAGAAAUGCACUUCUCCCACUGUGCUGCGCUUGGGGCUGCCCUUCUGAUCCUCCUAGAGAACUCUUUGAUCACUCAAUCGAGGUUCAUGCUCCUGGAAUCAAUAUUGAUAUUUUUCAUCCUGCUUGCAGUUUUGUGUUUCCUGAAGUUCCACAAUUCACAGAGCUAUAGUGCCUUCUCUUCAAGCUGGUGGUUUUGGCUUCUGUUGACUGGAGUAGCUUGUGCGUGUGCAGUUGGGGUAAAAUAUAUGGGCCUGUUCACCUAUAUGCUGCUUUUAGUCAUUGCAGGACUCCACUUCUGGCAUAUGAUUGGAGACCACAAUUUGUCAAACGUUUCCUUGAUGUGCCACUUUCUGGCUCGGGGGCUGGCCCUCAUCAUCAUCCCAGUGACAAUGUACCUGUCCUUCUUCUACGUUCACUUGGCUUUGCUGUACCGCUCCGGGCCCCAUGACCAAAUUAUGACAAGUGCUUUCCAAGCCAGCUUAGAGGGUGGACUAGCUCGAAUCACUCAGGGCCAACCCUUAGAGGUGGCUUAUGGCUCCCAGAUAACUCUGCGGAAUGUAUUGGGCAAACCCAUGCAGUGUUGGCUCCAUUCUCACAAGAACACUUACCCCAUCAGGUACGAUAAUGGCCGAGGUAGUUCCCAUCAACAGCAGGUGACGUGUUAUCCCUUCAAGGACGUGAACAACUGGUGGAUUGUCAAAGAUCCUGGAAUGCAGCAGCUGGUGGUGAGUAACCCACCCCGUCCUGUCAGACAUGGGCACAUUGUGCAGCUGGUACAUGGCAUCACCACGCGAUACCUCAACACGCAUGAUGUUGCUGCCCCUCUUAGCCCGCAUGCCCAAGAAGUCUCCUGUUACAUUGAUUAUAACAUCUCCAUGCCAGCACAGAACCUCUGGAGAGUGGAAAUUGUGAAUCGGGAAUCUGAUACAGAUGUGUGGAAGACAAUUCUAUCAGAAGUGAGAUUUGUGCAUGUGAACACCUCUGCAGUGCUAAAGCUCAGUGGAGCAUCGCUACCCGAGUGGGGAUACCGGCAGCUGGAGGUGGUUGGAGAGAAGCUCUCCAAAGGCUUCCACCAGAGCAUGGUGUGGAAUGUGGAAGAGCACAGAUACGGGAAAAGCCAAGAGCAGAAAGAAAGGGAAGUGGAGCUCCACUCUCCUACGCAGAUGGACAUCAGUAAAAACCUUAGCUUCAUGGCCAAAUUUGCAGAAUUACAGUGGAAGAUACUAACAUUGAAAAAUGAAGAUACGGAACAUAAAUACAGCUCCUCAGCUGUGGACUGGAUCACGAUGGAUACAAAUAUUGCCUACUGGCUCCACCCAACCUCUGGGGCUCAGAUCCACCUCAUUGGCAAUGUUCUCACCUGGGCCUCAGCUAAUGUUGCUGCCCUGAUCUACGUGUGUUUGUCGCUGUGGUACUUGGUGCGGCGAAGGAGAAGAAUUUACGACGUUCCCGAAGAUGCGUGGCAGCUCUGGGUGUCAGCAGGGAGGAUCUGUGUUGGAGGCUGGGCUGUCAAUUACCUGCCUUUCUUCCUGAUGGAGAAAACGCUCUUCCUGUACCACUACCUGCCUGCCCUCACGUUCCAGAUUCUCCUGAUUCCCGUCGUAUUGCAGCACCUCAGCGAUCAUCUCUGCAGAUCUCUGCUUUCCAAAAGCAUGUUCAGCGCCUUCCUUGUGGCCUGGUUCUCCUCAGUUUAUCUUGUCUACUGCACAUUCAGCCCCGUGACCUACGGGGAUCCCUCUCUGUCAGUUGCUGAGCUCAAGGAUUUGCGCUGGAAGGACAGCUGGAACAUCCUCAUCCGGAAACAGUAACAGCCUCAGUUACGCUCAUAGGCUUGUUGCAGGCAAAUGGGAAUAUCUUUUAUGCCAAGCCAAGAAUUUGUUGUAUAAUUGAAACGUUACCAAGCUGAUCCAAUAAUGGACAUUAGUUCAGAUUUAAUUAAAAUAGAAAAAAAUGAGGGAAAAAAUAAAAGAACAGUGUUAUAGAAGAGGUUUCAGCAGCAGUACUGGAAGUUAUUACCAGCACAGGACCCAGUGGCUACUCCUGUUAGGCUGCCCUUUUUGCUCUACCUUGGCUGCUCCAUCAGUCUGGAGGAGAUCACAGCAAAUUCUCAGCACCCCAGGCCCUGUGCUGGGAGGAGUACGAUGCAGGUAAUGAGUUUCACCUUCCUCUGCAGGGAGGCUGAUGUUGAUAGUUUCUUUCUUUUAGCUCCAGGGUAUGUGCAGGCCUAGUUUAUGUCUCCUAGCAGUUUGUUCUUUCUUGCUUGGGGUAAAGUAACAUGUUAAAACAAAAGUUACUUUAGAUGAACAGUCUAGAAUCAGUUACUGCUGUUGCCCAGCUCCCAAGUUUGCAUUUAGCUACCAAUAAUUGACUCUGUGGGCUCCAGUAUCAGCCCAAGCUUGUAUUCCUUUGCACCCAGUUUGGUGCCCCCACUUUCAUGGUCUCUGUGGUCAUCCUUAUUUCUCUGCAAUACAGCACUGUGCCAGGAUUAUAAAUAGUUCAUUCUACGUAGAUUAAUGACUUGCUACUAUUACCUGUGUGCAGUCAUGUGGUAUAACCAUAAUUUUUAUAAGCCUAAGCAAAAAUAAACAAAUUAUUAGGCAUUAAAAAUGCUGUUACAGCUAAAUGGGCUAAGAACAAACCUGCAGGCAGCCCAAGAAAGGACAGGCACAGCCAGAAAGAGCCAGAGACCUUGCAGAGUAAGUGCAAAGUCUGUAGGCUGUUGUGUUACAGGGUUAUACCUCAGAUACCUCGAAGAGGAGCUUUAAGCAAGGUAGCACUGAUAAUGCUGAAAAGAAAUCUGCUCGGACUGGUAGUUUGGGUAGGAAAAAAAAAAUAGAGGUAACUCAGCCCUUGUCCUGACUUGCAUCUGCAGAGGAUGGUACAGGGUGUAGCAGAGGCUGCCGGAUGAGAAGUGGGGUCCCUUGCAUGGCCUUGCGACUGGGGACCAUGUAGCAGCUCCUUCACCUGCCUUCAACAAGCAGCCUAGGACCCGGGCCAGGUCUGACUGUCUUUUCUGGUGGUUGCAGCAGCCUCCUGCAGUAGAGAUCAAAGCUUCCCAAGCGCACAGCACUUGCUGAGCAGCAGAGACUGACCAGGCUCUACCUGUGGAGCUCCCUGCUGCUGUAAGUGAUGUUGCUCAAGGCUGCCUUGAUCUUCUCCCCCAUGAGGCCGGGUGAUCAAACACUACAUUCACUCCAAGCAGAGCUUAGAGACUGUUUCACUGCUCCUUAAAGCUCCUGAUAGCUCAGUCUUCAGUUGAACUAUCUCCUGCUCAGGCUGUUACCCUGACCAAAAAGCAGCUCAACAGCAGGAAACCUCCCUUCUCUUGCUGGCUUCACUAUUACCCCCACGUACCCCUGUGCCAGGGUGUUCACCUAGCAGGUACCAACUUUCUAUGGUGCUGGAGAUGUUGUAG